GUGAGUAUUGAUUUUAAGGUGACUAUAUUCUGCUAAAUGACCAAUAUGCCCCCCGUGCUCGGGAUAAAGUUGGAUAGUAUCCCGCGGGUAGUAUGGUCAUGAUGAAAAAAGAAAAAAACCGAAGCUUUGCAAUCUAUGAGUUCCGCCUGAAGCUCAAGGGGACGCCAUGGGAACUCGCCCCAAGCUCCGGCCCUUGUGCUUCUUAACUUCCGCUCUGAAUGCCUUCUCUCCCUCUCAGAUUCAUGAGUUCAAGCUUGUGAAAAAUCCCGUCUCGUUUUGAUGCGUGAGUGGUGCAAAACCUCAUUGUUUUUGAAUUCUCUCAGCUCUCAAAAACCCACCUUUUUUGAUCAACUCUUCUCUGAUGCAACGUUAUCGAGCUCUCUCUCUGGCUUCGGCAUCGCUACCCACCGGUGUUUGCCUCAAAUCCUUCUCUUCCCUUCACUUGCACCGCCUGCUCGAUGAAAUUCCUCAGAGAGUUUUCUUCAACCCAAUUGCUACCAUACAAGAACGUCUCCGUUCUCAAGAACCACUGGAUCCCACUUUGGUAGCCAUGGCAUUCAAGGCAUACAGAGGGAAAACCGGUUCACAAAUUCAUAAGCUUGCACUUUCUUCUGGACUUGAUUCAUUUCGUUUUGUAUCAAACUCGCUUAUGAACAUGUACUCCAAAUCUGAAUCUUUUGACCUUGCUCGCAAGGUAUUUGAUGAUAUUCCUGAACCUGAUGUUGUUUCUUGGAAUACCGUUCUGUCUGGUCUUACCGAUGGAGGUGAUGCAUUGGAUUUUAUUCUGCAAAUGCACCGGGCUGGAAUUCCCUUUGAUGCCGUCACUUUUAGUAAAGCUCUUGCAUUCACUUCAGACCUUCAGGAUCUUGAGUUUGGACUCCAGUUGCAUUCUCUGACAGUCAAGUCCGGGUUUGAUUCUGAUACUUUUGUGGGUAAUGCGCUUAUAACUGCAUAUUCAAGAAGUGGUUGCGUUGAAGAAGCAAAGAGAGUGUUUGAUGAAAUGGCAAUAAAAGAUUCCAUUUCUUGGAAUGCAUUGCUCUCAGGUCUCACCCAAGAAGGUGAUUGUGCCUAUGAUGCUAUUCUGGUUUUCUUUCAGAUGUUGAAGGAAGAUGGGGUGAAAAUAGAUCAUGUCGCGUUUGUGAGCAUCAUAUCAGCAUGUUGUCAGGAAGGAAACUUGGAGCUUGGCACCCAAGUCCAUUGUUCCGUAGUGAAGGUUGGGCUUGAAACUCAUGUCUCAGUUUCUAAUGUUCUCAUGUCGAUGUACUACAAGCAAGGAAGUAACAUUGACAAAGUGAAGAGAGUCUUUGAGGACAUGAAGGAACGGAACGUCAUUACGUGGACUACUAUGAUCUCUGCUGAUAGCGAGAACAGCAUCAGUUUGUUUAACAGGAUGAGAUUGGAUGAUGUUCUGCCAAAUGAAGUCACUUUUGUUGCUUUGAUCAAUGUGUUAUCUGAUGAAAAGUUGCCGAGAGAAGGACAGAUGAUGCAUGGGAUGUGCUUCAUGAGCGGUAUUGCAGCACAAUUGAAUGUCUCCAACAGUCUUGUUACAAUGUAUGCUAAUUUGGGAUUCGUAGAGGAAUCGAACAAGAUCUUCAAAAGCAUUGAGCAUAAGGAGAUUAUCUCAUGGAAUGCUAUGAUCUCGGGCUAUGCUCAGAACAGGCUCUGUGAGGAAGCUCUGGAGACAUUCUCUUCUCUGCUAUUGCAUUCCAAACCGAACCAGUAUACGUUUGGGAGCAUCCUCAGUGCAAUCUCCUUUGUUCAAACUGUGCCAUUGAGUUAUGGGCAGCGGUGCCACUCCUGCAUAGUGAAGUCAGGACUCAACACAGAUAAGUAUGUCUCUGGUGCUCUCAUAGACCUGUACGCAAAGCAUGGCGGGAUCAAUGACUCUCAGAAGGUGUUUGAAGAGACAACUCAGAGAAGCCUCAUCACCUGGACGGCGAUAAUUUCAGCUUAUGCCAAGCAUGGUAGGUAUGAGAAUGUGAUGAGCCUAUUUGAAGACAUGGUGAAAUCCGGUGUUCGACCUGAUCAUAUCACAUUCCUUGCGGUUCUCCAAGCAUGUGGUUGCAAAGGGAUGGUUGACAUGGGUUGGCAUGUCUUUAACUCGAUGUUGGACAAGCACAUGGUCGAGCCAUGGCCGGAGCAUUAUGCAUGCAUGGUGGACAUGUUAGGGAGAGCUGGGAGGUUGGCUGAGGCAGAGGAGUUCAGCAAAAGAAUGCCAAAGGGGCCAGGGGUUUCGGCAUUGCAGAGUUUGCUUGGAGCUUGUAGAGUCCAUGGAAAUGUGGAGAUGGGGGAGAGGGUGGCUAAGGUUCUAAUGGAUAUGGAACCAAUGGAAUCAGGAGCUUAUGUUCUCAUGUCAAACAUGUAUGCUGAGAAGGGUGAGUGGGAGAAUGUGGCUAAGAUUAGGAGAGGGAUGAGAAACAGAGGAGUGAAAAAGGAAAUUGGAUUUAGUUGGGUGGAUGUUGGUGCCAAUGAUUCAAUACAUAUGCAUAAGUUCUCAUCGGAUGACAAGACUCAUCCAAGUUCCGAAGAGAUUUACAGAAUGGCUGAAUGUUUAGGUUUUGACAUGAAAAAUCAAGAGGAAGAGAGUGAUAUGACAAUGUUUGGUAUUUAGGAGAUAGUUUAAACUAAUUUAGUUAUUUUUAAUUAUGAUAGGACAUGAAUUUAGUUAUUUUUAGAAGAUA